ACGUUCUGUAGAUAGAAUUUUCAUUACAUUUCAGAUCUUUCAGUGAACUGGACAUCAAACUACUGAGGAAAACAGACUGAUAGCGACUUUAAAAAACUGACUGAUACUGUUAGCUCACAAUAUUAGAGGUAGACGACGCUUCAGACACAGUAAAGUCAUGUCACGGAGAAGCUCAAGAUUAGAUUUGUCGGGAUAUUAUAACAACGAGGGCGAACCCGUUAUUAGAUACAGGGAGUCCAGGCAGAGGAAUAUCAAACGACGUAGGACCACCUUCCAGUCCUGGAGACAACGUCUUCUCGACACAGCAGACGGCGAGAGCGAAUGUGGCUCCUGCAACAAAAGACAACAAAACAACAGCAGGACCUUCAUGACGAUUGUUUCCCUGCUGAGCUUUAUUGUCUCCCUGUGUUUAGCAGGAUUUGCAUUCGCAUUGCAACAGGAAAAGCUGCAGGAGUGUGAAAAUAGGUUGAAGUACCUGCAACCGGUGGCAGAUACAAUGCCUAAUUUUGCUCUGGAGACGCAGGGGGCCUUUAUUUUACCAAGUCUUUCCACAGCAACGUACCAGCCACCAUCAUGUGUAACGUAUUUGGGUAUUUCUCUUUGGCAACCCCUUAGGAGCCCAAGGAUUGUAAUUCAGGGACACCCCCUAAGAGUGGGAGACUGCUGGCCCCUCCCUGGUGAUCAUGGACAUUUAUUUAUCGCCCUGUCCCACCCGGUUACCAUCAGCCAUGUAACACUGGGUCACAUUUCAAAGAACGUGUCCCCAAGUGGCAGCAUUUACAGUGCCCCAAAGGAGUUUUCUGUCUUUGGCAUGAAGACUUUAGAUGAUGAAGGAACCCAACUAGGAACAUUUCUUUAUGAUCACGAUGGGGACCAGGUACAGACUUUCAAACUGCCUGAUCAUAAAAAAGGUACCUUCAACUAUGUGAAGCUGCAAGUUGAGAGCAACUGGGGCCAUCCGGACUACACCUGCCUGUACAACUUCAGAGUCCAUGGAAUGCUGCAAACCGGAGAAGGGAAACGAGAGAAGAUAAAACUGUCUUCUGGUUGCAGAGAUUGGUAAGUAAAGUAUGGGUAAGUAUGUAUUUGUUUGAAUGUAAGGACUCUGACCAUCUGUGAGUAACUCAACUUAAUUUUGAACUUGUGUUGUGGAAUUUGCAGUCAUAAAAUAUAAGCAAUUUUUGUGUUAAUUUGGGGAGGGGGGUCUACAGCUGUAUAUUUGCUGGGGGGGAAGUAUGGUUCCCCAUACCUUCUCCCAGCAAACAUCAUACCUGACAGGGCUCAGAGGUAUGUCACAGCUGUGCAGCACACGUUGGCAGGAUGGAGACAGGGUGGGUGUGUUACUGGGGGGAGGUUUGGAGUACCGUGACGGUUCCCCAUUUUUCCUCCCAUCAAACCUCCUCUCUGACAGGGCUGAAAGGUAAGUUACAGCUGUGUAGCGCACUAUGACAUGGGGGGGAGACAAGGUGGGUGGUGUUUUGGUGGGUUUGUUACAGCUGUGCAGCGCACGUUGGCAGGAAGGAGACAGGGUGGGACAGUUACUGGGGGGAGGUUUGGAGUACCGUUAGGGUUCCCUAUUCUUUCUCCAAGCAAU